AUGGAGUUCUUUUCCAUCAUUGAAAUCCCCGUCACUCCUUCCGCUUCUACCGGCCGCCUUCGCUAUUUGAUUCCUCGGGAGGCCAAUGAAUAUUUUUUCGGAGGCGACCAAGAUAUCAACUUCGUCCAGUUCAACAAAGGGCCGAGGCCGGCGUCCACAGCGGCGGUGGUGGGGCUCCAGAUGGUCACUACGACAGCAGAAGAUACCUCGUGUUCCAUCUGCCUCGACGAUUUCGAGGCGAUGACUCAGGCUCUGGCAAUGCCUUGCGGCCAUUUGUUUCACGAGGGAUGUCUGAAGGAGUGGCUGCGACGGAGAAAUUCUUGCCCCCUCUGCAGAUUCUCACUUCCCACCGCAGAGUAG